CACAUCAUAGAGAGAGAGACACACACACACCCUUGAACGAGGGAGGGAGGGAUAGAAAGAAGGAGCAUACUGAGUGUGUGAGUGAUACUGAGAAGAGGAGUGAGCAGAGUGAACCUGUAACUCAGUCUAACACACACAGACAGACAGAGGGAUCUUUACAGUAGCAUCGGAAGCAGCAGGAGCGUGGUGUGGGACAGAGAGGGAUGUUGUCUGGCUGAGCUGGGACCUCUCCCUCUCCUGUCUGUCUGAUGGAGAGCAGAGGGACGCAGCACAGUGAGCUGAUACUAAGGUGUGUGGGGUCGAGGUGAAAGAGGAGUUCGCUGGGAAUCAUGUGAUUGGACAGCGAUGUUUACCUGCAUCAUGUGACUUCACAGAGAAGAUUAUACUAUAGGGUCUCCAUUAUGGCUGUUGUGAUGUGUAUCUCUCUCUUCCUCUUCCUGCUCCUCCUCUUCCUCUCCCUCACUCCUCCCCUCCAUCUGCAUGCCUUCCCCCUGGCGACAGAGGCACCACCUCACCCACACACAGACACACAGAUAGAUGUACAGGUUUCACACAGCCCUUUAGGGGCAUCCUGGGCUCUGGUAGGCCUCAAUGCUGGAGCCAGAAUGGCCGACUCUCUGGGUUGGUUUCCAGGGCUGAGGGGCCCCAUACUGGAACCUGAGGAAACUGAGAAACAGGACUACACAGACGAGUUUCAAGGAACUAUUGGUGAAUACCAUGAUUUGCUAGAAAGCCCUGAGCAGUCACCUAAAACUGUCCCCAGACAAACAGGGCUGGAGACAUUCAGAUUCACAGAGGCAGACAGUGUCACUGCAUGGAUGGAAAUCAAACCCCCAACUGGGACCUUAUUUAGGAAUGGACUACCAGACAGGAUCCAGGAUGGAGAUCCUGAAAACGAGCUGAAAGAGAGCAACACCAGGGAGAAGGCUGGAUCCCCACUUACAACUUUACAGGAUGGACAGACUCCUCUGAUACAUCUGUCACUCCCACAGAAUGGAGAUAGUAUUGGUAGACCAACACCCACCCUUCUCUUUCGCUCUGACUAUACAGAGACCCCAGGCUUUAAUCCACUCACUAGGCCUACUUUACCAACCCCAGAGACAGCACAGCUAGGCUCCACUCCUGACCCGGACCAAGACCAACCCAUAGCCUUGGCCACAGACAAAGGGUUGCUAUCUCUGGACCAACCAGCCACCCCACACAGAGACAUGAUGGAAGGAGAUAUCGUGAUGGAGACUGGAGACUUCUCAGAAUUGGAGAACGACACAGAAAACCUCACAGAUUCAGGAACAGACACAGGUGUGUCUCCAGAGAAGGUGUGGCCUAAGGCAGCCACCAAUGAGACACCUAUCCUCGACUGCAGCCUGGAGACCAAGGCCACACCCUGCAACACAAAUCAAUCCUGGAGCCCUGUUUACCCUGAUGACAUCAUCUCAAAUAAAUCCCAGCGCCCCAUUCUGUCUCUAACCCCUCCUCUCUUCGUGCCUCUGUAUUCUGAUUGGAACUCAGCUCUGGCCACCUGGGGCUUUGCCUGGGAGGUCCACAUCUACGGUCUAGGAUCUGUGUUCGCUGCAUUAGGUCUGAUAUCUGUACUCUGCCUGUUAGGCCUGCCCCUGCGCUGCCCCCCUGGAAGCCCCUACUUCACCCUGCUGCAUCUGUUCCUCCUGGCCACUGGAGGCACUAGAGCAUUCACUCUGCUGUAUGAUGCUUAUAGUCACCAGGACCGCCUGUCUGCUCUGGGCUCUCUCCUACUUUCUGAGCUACCCUUACCCUGCCUCACCUCUGCCUUCUCCCUCUCCUUCCUCCUCAUCUCCCUCCGCUCUCGCAUGCACCUCUCCCUCCCUUUCUCCCUCUCUCUCUCCCUCCCUCUCUCAGCUCUACCCCGGCCCUGUCUCUUGUUCUCCCUUUCCCUGUUGCACUUUGGGGCCUCCCUGGGCUCCAUAACUCUCUUCCAUGUCUUCCCCAGCCUCCCUGUCCUCCUCCUACUCCCCCAGGGAGUGUUCAUCCUCCUCUGCCUCCUCCUCCCCUGCUCCUUCCUCCUCUUCUACUGCUUUGUACGACAAGACACCAAGCAUGUCCAACGGCUGAGUGAUGGUGAGGGAGAGGUAACAGGUUCCCCGGUGUUGGUGGGGCGGCCGUCCCGCUGCCCAUUCGCUGAGGCUGGGGAGUGGAGCAGGGCGGCAGGGGCUGGGGUAGGAGGGUCUCUGUGCCUGUUAAGCUGUGGGGGGCUCCAGCUGUAUGGGAUGUUACAUGCAAUGGGGUUUGGAGGGGUGAGUGCUGGGGCGGGGUUUCAGCCCUGGCCUUGGUGGGGCUACCAGCUGGGCUGCAGGCUCUGUGAGGUGGGGGUGUGUCUGUCCUUGUCAAUCAUCGGCACUCAUCCCCUCCUCUUCUGUUGCUCCAACUCCUGCCCCUGGACUAAACCCAACUGCAACCCCCGUCCGGGGUCCUGGGUGCAGCUGCCCUGUGCCUCACCCUCAGGAGGGCCUAGCCACCCCCUUCCCCUCUCCUCAGCCCUCCCCCCUCCCUACCCCUGGUCCCUGGGGCAGGAAGAGAAGCUGGUGGUGUGUGAUGUCAUCAGUAAGCGCCAGUCCGAAGCGUUCCCCCUUUAUACACUAAUGGACCCCCCCUCAAACGGACUGAACCUGCAUCCUAACCUUAACACCCACCCUGGCCAGACCAGAACCUCAAGACACCCCCACCUCCCUGACCCUCCCAGCCCACCAUGGAUGCCUCAAGCUGGGGUUGCAUCCCAGGGCUCUUCCCAGGCGAGUCUAGUUCUGGACACUGACUCCACAAUGUACCUGCGCCCCCCUCCAAUCGACCUGUCCCGGAGCAUAGACCAGGCCCUGUACAGCGAAACCCUGUUCCCCCACAGUCUCUUCAGUCAUCCCAGGUUACUCCACGCAUCCUCCAGCCUCUCCUUGAACUCCCCUGGCUCCCACCUCAGCCAGAGUGCCUCACAACCUGGACACAGCUCAGCCGACAGCUCCCUCUACCGGAGCUCUUCCUGUAGAGAUGUUGAUAUGUCUCCUACACGGCCUCCCCAGCCAGGGUGCUUCCUCCCCGGCCACGGUGAUCCCAUCUCUCCCCCUGAGCGCUGGUGGAGAGGUAGUAACUCCAGCUGCAUGUGCCAGGAAUCCCUGAGUGGGUCUUCCCAGGGUCUGUUCUCCAGCCCGGGGGCAGGAGGGGUGCAUUCGCAUCCCCACUCCACGAGAGGGCAGCUCCCCUCCCAGAGCAGUCUGCCCAGGACGCUCCCCAACCUCUCUCACCACAGACGCUACCGCACCCUCAGCUCCGCCUCGCAGGACAGUCAGGGGGAGGGGCGGCUGGCGGGCAGAGAGGACCUGAGUGAAAGCAGGUUGCUGGAACGGGAUCUGGCCGUACAAGCGGAGUUCGUCAACGUGUGCCGACAGAUCGAUGCUCUUAGCAUGUGCAGUGACACUAUUGACCUGUAGGUCGAUACUACUGGGUUUGAACCAUGAGUCAUCUAUGCGCCACAAGACACUGUUAGUCUGCAGAGCUAAACCAAUAUAUUUAUCUGUUAUGUAAGGACAUAAGGAUAUGAUGUAAAAUGCACAGAGAUUAUAUAUUGAUCUAAGGACUUAACUGAUAAGCUAACGUUUGUGUUUGAGUAGUUAACAUUGAGCUCAAUUAGCUUUUUCACUGCUACAUCAGACGUGUUUGGAGCCAUUACUAUUAAUAACAGUUUUCUGGGAUUCUACAUGUAGAAAAUAGACAUAAGUUAGACUUAAUUAGAACUAAAUAAAGAGAUACAGCUCUGUUUGAUUAGUUAUAAGUGUACAGUUAUAGAGUUACAAUAUGUGCUAAAUGAAACAACUUUCUGAACCAACCAAUGUGGAGUAGAUUAGAACACUAAUGUCAGUGUAGUGUUGACAAUAGCCAUAGACAUUUGCAAGAUCCCUUCAUGCUUUAGUGGUACUUACUGGGGGAGAGUGAACAUAGUGUAACAGAUGCUGUCAUACCUUACAUUAUAUCUGUUUUUUUAUUCAAACAUUUGUUCUUAUAAAGCAUUUAUAACUGGUGCCCUACCACAAGGGUAUCUGUUUAAGUUGCAACAGCAAUAUCAACCAGGAGUUGUGUUAGAGUGUCCAAGUGCCAAAUGUUUCUAUGGAACCAACACCAAAUCAAUCUGAGAGAUCUAACAACAUUUUUCAGACAGGAACUAAUCUAACUGAAAACCAGCUUAUCCUCUGAUAUUCACACUGACUUCAAACCUUUUUUCUACAAAGAGUAUGUGUCAUACUGUACAUACAUCAUUAAAGGCUGUGUAAAAUGUUUUAUUUGUAAAUACAAUGUACAUGGAAAACAUGUAUACUGUAUGGCAUGUAUCAUAGACAAGGUAUGAUAAACAAAACAUUAAGUUUAUGAUGUUUGAAAACAUAAGUCAUUAAUUUGUAGUGUAUGGACAUACAACAGAUACACUAUAGAUAAUACUGUAGACCUUUAGGGAUUCUCCAACUCUAUACAUUGUCAUGAGCUUCAGGCCAUAUCACAAGGAGUUGUUUCAGUUGAACAUACAGUACCUGUCAAAAGAUUGGACACACCUACUCAUUCAACUCUUUUUCUUCAUUUUUACUGAUUUCUACAUUGUAGAAUAAUAGUGACGACAUCAAAACUAUGAAUUAACACAUAUGGAAACAUGUAGUAACCAAAAAAGUAUUAAACAAAUUCAAAUAGAUUUUAGAUUCCACCCUUUACCUUGAUGACAGCUUUGCACACUCUUGGCACUAUCCCAAACAGUUUCACCUGGAAUAUUUUUACAACAGUCUUGAAGGAGUUCCCACAUAUGCUGAGUACUUGUUAGCUGCUUUUCCUUCACUCUGCCGUCCAACUCAUCCCAAACCAUCUCAAUUGGAUUGAGGUUGGGUGAUUUUGGAGGCCAGGUCAUCUGAUGCAGUACUCCAUCACUCUCCAUUGACCUCUGUGAAGCAUUUAUUUGGGCUGAAUUUCAGAGGAUGGUACCUAAUGAACUUAUCCUCCGCAGAAGAGGUAACGCUGGGUCUUCCU